AUGCAUCGGCUUCCCUCUGGUGGCUCCUCCGCAAGCAGACAGAGAGACACAACGCGACUGUGCUGCUCUUCUUUCAUAACAACACCAACACCCAUCAGCAUCACGACAAAGGAUCGACUUUACACGCUCUGGACAUUUCCAAUCCUCUCAAACAACAGAUUGCGCCCAACAGAUACUUUACGCGACAACCAUAACUCCCUCCCUUCGACCUUCGAGUACACCAUCCGCAUACACACCACACAACAGUCGCCAAAAACAUGGCUCCUCGAGCAGCAAUGGCAGCACGUCCAAGCACAGGGGGAAAGAGCACAGCAGGCAAAGGUCUCAAAACAAAAGCCCCACGAAGAAGUUCAGGAGCCGGUACGAUUUUACCUUCCCACCAACCCUCACACUUUCCAAAGUGCGACGACCGAGGGAGAAACAAAGAUAAAAGACAGAGUCACUGAUACGACAUAUGGGGGGGAAACAGGUCACGUCAAGCAAUCCCGCCGCUACAAACCCGGCACCGUCGCAUUACGAGAAAUCAGAAAAUAUCAAAGGUCUACUGAUCUCUUGAUUUUGAAAUUACCUUUUGCACGAUUGGUCAGAGAAGUCUGUAUAUCCAUGGCCCCAGCCGGCUCGGGAAUCUACCGUUGGCAAAGUCAAGCAAUCAUGGCCUUGCAAGAAGCCGCAGAAGCCUUUUUGGUCCAUCUAUUUGAAGAUACGAAUCUAUGUGCCAUUCACGCCAAAAGAGUUACGAUUAUGCAAAAGGAUAUUCAACUUGCCCGGAGGAUUAGAGGGGCUUGGGGGGGUCUUGGAUGA